AUGAAAAAAGAGAUAAGGAAGGAAGAAUUCAAAGGGAGCACCAAAAGAAGGUUAUCAAAUGAAGGUAGUUUCUCUAAACAUGAGAGGCUGGGGGGGAGUGCCAAGAGGAGGAGACUGAGUCAGUUGAUCAAAAGAGGCUCUUUUGAUCUUUGUAUGAUUCAAGAAACAAAGAGAAUGCAUUUUGAUGAUUCAAUUAUUCACAAUUUAUGGGGGCACCAAGAUGUUUUAUGGGUGGCUAAGGAAGCUAAUGGGUUAUCAGGGGGACUUUUAACAAUUUGGAACGUUAAUUUAUUCAAAUUGUUACAUACUUUCUUUGGAGAUGGUUUUAUGGGGCUUUGUGUUGAAUGGGAGGGUAUGAUUUUGAAUAUUGUCAAUGUGUAUUCCCCUUGUAGCUUGGCGGGAAAAAGAAAACUGUGGGAAGACCUGUUAAAUCUUAAACGUAGUAGUAGAGGUGAUUGGUGUAUGGGAGGCGAUUUCAAUGUUGUUCUUCAUCCUUCUGAAAGAAGAGGGUGUAGUGCUGAUAGACGUUUGGGGGAGAUUACUUAUUUCAGAGAGUUUGUGGAAGACAUGGACCUUGUCGACAUUCCAGUGUUGGGAAAGAAGUUUUCUUGGGUUAGCCCUGACGGUAAAGCUAUGAGUAGGCUUGAUCGUUUCUUGCUAUCAGAAGGUUUUGUGGAGAAGAGUGGUAUUAGUGGUCAAUGGAUUGGAGACCGUGACAUAUCUGAUCAUUGUCCAGUUUGGUUACUUUGUUCAUCUUGUGAUUGGGGUCCUAAACCUUUUAGGGUGGUAAAUGCUUGGUUGGAGCACCCUGAUUUCAAAAAUUUUGUGGAGUCAUCUUGGAAGAGUUUUAAUGUUGGCGGCAAGAAAGCUUAUGUCCUUAAAGAAAAACUAAAAUUAUUGAAGGAGAGCUUGAAGAAAUGGAACAAAGAUGUGUUUGGUAUUCUUGAUCUCAACAUAGACAAGACAGUUCACUAG